AUGCAAAUCUCGAUGGACGUAGCCAAUUCCAAGCAUGCCCACGAGGAGAGCCUUGAGAAACUCCUCGAAGCCUACUCGAAGGUAACCUCGCGGUAUAUGGACGCCGGCAAAGCCCAAGGCGUGCCCGUCCUCCAGGAGCAAAUCCAGGGGACCCUGGACCUAUUGCGAUUCGCGUCCCGGCAUCUCCUCGGGCUCUCUUCUGAGCUGGAUACGCUGCUUCCGCGCCGUGAGGAUCCGUCUCCCCCCGAGGCGGAUGCUCGGCCUGCCCGCCAGGAGAAUCUGUCUCCCUCUCCCCUCGAGGCGGGUUCUCGGCCUUCCCGCCGCUUGAAUCUGUCUCCCGACCAGUGCGAGGAACUGUCAAGGUUGGCUCGUGAGCUGGAUCGUCUGUUUGCCUGGGAGGAUGCGGAGGACGAGGCCGCCGAGGCCGCCAAGGCCGCGGCGGCGGCGAGGGCGGAAAUCCCGCCCCUCCGGCCCCGUGCGGAGCGGGCAUCCUUCGCGCCACGCAGGCUGCGCUAUCCUGACCACCGCCGUCAGGCACGCCUCGAAAGGGCGUACGCCCUUCUCAACCGCCACUACUCGGAGGAUGAAUUCUGGCCCCGUGGGUAUGUGCGGUGA